AUGCUCUAUCCGAGCGCAAAGCCCCGCUCCGGAGGUAUUUAGUUCAGUCAGCUGAGGUUUGGUGUGUGUGUGUGUGUGUGUAUGAGCGGAGACAGCUGUGGUGGUUAGGUCCUACUUAUUUAUUUAUUUAUUAAUUAAUUAAUCUCUUUUCAUUAAUUGAAGUUUUUGCUCUUUUAAUUCUCGCUCCCGCUCUCCAUUUCCUCCCUGGGCCACCGCAGAAAUCCCACUGUUGCCAUGGUAAUUAGCCAGAUAGUCCUCUGUCAUGGUGUUAAGUGAAUCGUCUAAUUAUAAUUUCUUAUCUGGCUACCAGUUGGAGAGAUUACACACACACACACACGGAUGUCCUCUCCUGCUGCAUCCAUCACAAGAUCAAUUCCUGACUCGUUCUUAAUACGCUGGGCCGCCUUGGAGCUGUAAAAAGUAGACCAAUAAAACAGUGUUCCUGGAAGGAGGCGUGUCAUUAUACUGUUCUUUAUUGUUUGCUUUGUCAUUCUCCCACUCAGACCAGAACAGGUAAAAUAAACAAGACACAAUGGCAUUCAGUUCAUCAUUGUAGGCUUAGCCUGACUCCACCAUAAGACUACAAAUCCCAUCAUCGUUACCUUCAUCUGUGCCCUCAGGAAUGGUGGGAUUGUUUUGUAGGCUAAGGGGAAGCUGGUUAGUGAUUUGCGACAGGACUUCAAUCAACCUUGAAAUGAAACUGGACACUGGGCAGUCCAACUCAUCACCCGCCAUUACAUCUGGUCUGAUUGAUUUAUCGACCCCUCCACCCCCCCCAACUCCAUUCUGAUUGAUUUACUUUCUAUUUGAAAAUAACAGAAAGAAUGCUCAUGGUUCAGAACUGAUUUAUUGUCAUACUGUCUGUGUUUAGAACUACUGGAGGACAUGAGCUCAGCUGUGGCCAAUGGCUGAGCGUUAGGACUAAGCUGUGGCCAAUGGCUGAGCGUUAGGACUAAGCUGUGGCCAAUGGCUGAGAGGCAGGACUAGAGCGUCUUUGUGUGGUCAUGCUUUUAUGCCUCUCUCUCUCUCUCUCUCUUACCAUCAUCAUCAUGUUUGACCCACAUAGCUGGUUUGCAUAGCCGUCUGACUGCUACGGCCCUCCCUCCCUCCCUGCCUGUCUCUUACCUCCCCCUGUUCCAGCCUCUGGCACUUUGUCUCAGCGUUGGGUUAAUGCUGCUCCGCUGUACACACCACUGACUGGACACACACACCACACCCAGCUAUUAUAGUGUUUCCCUUUCCUCUUGCCGCCUGCCCAUUCUUCCUAGGAAAGAAGAGAGGGAGAGGUGAGGUUGCACUGUAGACUGGCUCGGACAGGCAGGCUAAUAUUCACAGCAGAAUUCCUGGCAUGCCAUAGUAACCUGGCAUGUUCCCUUUCUGGGAGCCAGACUCUGGCCUCACGUUACAGAGGUAUGUGGAUUUGGAGGUGUGUGUGUUUUGGUGCUUGAGUGCGGUGGUGAGUUGUUACUCUCUAGGGAGUGGAAUACUCUGAGCUAGGCUUGGGGCGGUAUACCGGGGUAUUUUGAAUUAGCUACGGUAUGAUUUUUGUCGAAAGCAAAUGUGUGGGCUUCCUAAAGCUUAUAAAUAUAAGUUAACUAUCUAAGAUGUGCCAAAUACAUUAUGUUCAGCUAUGCAUGUGGUUUGCUAACUUGCUAGCUAAGUAGCUAGAUGGCAGGAUCAAGAUCCCUGCUGCCUAAAAAAUGGGGCACUCAGGCCUGUCCUCAGACUUGGGGUCACAAAUACACCACACAAUGACAUGACAGACUAGAGUCUCCAGUUUGAUGUAGCUGUAGGCUACUAAUGUGGUUGCUCCAUGCAGCGAGUUGUCAUUAGGCAUGUCAAGGAUUGAUGGGCGGCAACAGAAAUAGAAACGGCCAGGGCUAUAUUUAAAAUUCAAUGUAUUCUAAUUGUAGGUUCUCCUAUGGAGUUCCUAGAGCUCUGGCCAGUGGGGCCUUUGGCUGCCAAUGUCGGUCAGUUCUGGUGUACUGUUAUGGUAGAUUGAUUCACUCAUCCACCUUUCAUCACUCGCUGCUCAAGAUCAUAGUUCAUUCAUACAGUAGAUCAUAGUUUAUUCAUACAGUAGAUCAUAGUAUAUUUUUUAAAAUCUCUCUCUUCCUCUCUCUCUGUCUCUUCCACUCUCCUCCCUCCUUCUCUCUCCCUCCUUCCCCCUGCAGUGAGCAUGUCUGCAGAUUCGUUUGGCGCCGGGGGCAGCGAUGCCCAGCAGAGCCUACAGUCCUUCUGGCCCCGCGUCAUGGAAGAGAUCAGGAACCUCACGGUGGUACGUCACGCCCUCCCUCCCUCCGUCACGCACACACACACACCCCUCAUUGUGGUACACAUACGCACCUAACAAGUGGUCUUCCACAUGACCUGCCUCUAACACCCCUUGGCUCUGUUUCAGAAGGAUUUCCGCGUGCAGGAGUUGCCUCUCGCCCGAAUCAAGAAAAUCAUGAAGCUGGAUGAAGAUGUGAAGGUAGGAGGCGGGGCUUACACAGCACAGGUCACCGCCCUCUGGGAUCACUCUAUGAAGUUUUCAUCAACACCCUAUUCAGAUUACAAAACAUGGCGAUGUGUAGCUGAGGUGUGGCUCCACAGCUGGCUGAAAUGAACAGGGUAUUCACAGGACCCACUAGCUCAUUUAGUAGAAAAUGCUUCGAGGAGGCAUGUUAUUUGCAAUCGUACCUCAUCCUAUGUUAAGUGAGUCCCACAUCACAUGUUAUGCUAUAUGUUAUAGUCCUUGUAUAUCCACUUCAUUAGGUCAUCCUAUGGUCACUUUCCAAUAGAUCAGCUAUUCAGCUUAUCACUCAGCAGGGCUAUUCCUGCUCAUGGGGAGGACACUGAGGGUGGAGUGUGUCACUGUCAGGAUGCUAGUAUGUGUGUGACGCCGCGGUGUGUUUGUGUGUGUCCAGGCAGGGCUCCUCCUGAGAUAGCGGCGUGUCCCGAGAUAGCGGCGUGUCCAGAGAUAGCGGCGUGUCCCGAGAUAGAUAAGCAGUAGCAGCUUAAGUAGGUGGAGGAAGGAGCUGAACUUAAAGCUGCAGUUACACGACGCAACUUGCACGCAAUUUUAGUUGCUUGCAACUGAGUUGCUUCGUGAAACACCCCUCUGGAACUUAUCUGCAACUUGGUUGCACCCAGUUGAAACUUUGUGGAACUAGUUGCAAGCAACAGCCAAUCAAAACAGACACUUUUGUCACAUGAUCCACUCGGCGGGUCUGACUUAGAAUAUGUGGACAACUACAAAUACCUAGGUGUCUGGUUAGACCGUAAACUCUCCUUCCAGACUCACAUUAAGCAUCUCCAAUCCAAAGGUAAAUCUAGAAUCUGCUUCCUAUUUCGCAACAAAGCCUCCUUCACUCAUGCUGCCAAACAUCCCCUCGUAAAACUGACUAUCCUACCGAUCCUUGACUUCGGCGAUGUCAUUUACAAAAUAGUCUCCAACACUCUACUCAGCAAAUUGGAUGUGGUCUAUCACAGUGUUAUCCGUUUUGUCACCAAAGCCCCAUACACUACCCACCAUUGUGACCUGUACGUUCUCGUUGGCUGGCCCUCACUACAUAUUCGUCGCCAAACCCACUGGCUCCAGGUCAUCUAUAAAUCACUGCUAGGCAAAUCCCCGCCUUAUCUUAGCUCAUUGGUCACCAUAGCAACACCCACCCGUAGUAUGCGCUCCAGCAGGUAUAUCUCCCUGGUCAUCCCCAAAGCCAACACCUCCUUUGGCCGCCAUUCCUUCCAGUUCUCUUCUGCCAAUGACUGGAACGAACUGCAAAAAUCUCUGAAGCUGGAGACUCUUAUCUCCCUCACUAACUUUAAGCAUCAGUUGUCAGAGCAGCUUACCGAUCACUGCACCUGUACACAUCCCAUCUGUAAUUAGCCCACCCAACUACCUCAUCCCCAUAUUGUUAUUUUGCUCAUUUGCACCCCAGUAUCUCUAUUUGCACAUCAUCUUAUGCACAUUUAUCACUCCAGUGUUAAUACUAAAUUGUAAUUAUUUUGCACUAUGGCCUAUUUAUUGCCUUACCUCCAUAACUUACUACAUUUGCACACACUGUAUAUAGAUUUUCUAUUGUGUUUUUGACUGUACGUUUUGUUUAUCCCAUGUGUAACUCUGUGUUGUUGUUUUUAUCACACUGCUUUGCUUUAUCUUGGCCAGGUCGCAGUUGUAAAUGAGAACUUGUUCUCAACUGGCUUACCUGGUUAAAUAAAGGUGAAAUAAAAUACAAAUAAAAAAGGUUUGGAAUUCCGACCCAGUUGUCAUGUCAACAGAGCUGUCAGUGCUUCACAGCACAACCUGCAAUCAGGGUUGACAGAGCAGAGACUAAAACGGCAGGAGAUAUAUACAAAUUAUAGUACAUGGUUUAGUAGUCAAUAAAUGUAAUUUCGAAGUGAACCCAAACUUCUGCCUGACCAGUUUCAACUGAAAUGGUCCACCAUUUGAUAUUGCGGUGUGAGGGGUUGAGAGGGCCUGCCUCGCAGUGGACUCUUUCCUGACUACUGCCGAGGUGUGGUGGUCUUUCUGGCGCUUAUAGCUGGUGGGUGCUACACUUCAGUAGUGGACUAUCCAGCCUACCUACAGAGGAAGAGGAGACAACGAACGAGGUGCCUGAUGAAGAGCUCUGAGUCUGGGCCUGUCUAAGUAACUGGUGCUGCUCCUUCUCUGUGCCAUCAAAGCUCCCUCCACUUAAGCUACUGCCCAGCCUUUCUGAACUGCCUGUCUGAACAACACCUUAUCAUCUGAAUCUGUGGAAGACCAUCGCCCAAGACCUGCCAGAUCUCUACAUUUCUUUGAUAUAUUUUUUUACAGCGUCUUUGAGAUUCUCUUUGUAAUGAAAAGAGCUAUAAAAAAAUACAUCUAUUAUAGUUCGUUGCUAGCUUGUUUAGCUCGUAGGUAGCUAGCUGUGUUGGCGUUUGCAAUGUCAUUUUGGCUAACUAGCUAAAUUGUACAGGCUACAUUUCUUCUAUAUCCUUGCUGUUACAAUAACCAAAUGGUUGGAUAAACAAAUAAUUUGUGAAAUCACAAUGUAAUGCAGCAGAUGACAUGUGGUGAGUUUAGAAUUCUCAAAAAAGCUAAUGUCACUCAGUGGAAAGGUUUUCAAAAGGUUAGGUUAGGUCUCUCCCUUUGGUAGCAAAGGCUACAGUCGGCCUAUCUAUACGACCCUAUCUAGCUGUGUACGUUUGUGUGUUCUGUGUGUGUGUUCCCUGUUUUCCCCUAGUUCUAACAUGUCAUCGCUGUGUCUCCAUAGAUGAUCAGUGCGGAGGCUCCGGUGCUGUUUGCCAAGGCAGCUCAGAUCUUCAUCACAGAGCUCACGCUGAGGGCCUGGAUCCACACUGAAGACAACAAGAGACGCACCCUACAGGUCAGUCACACCCUCCCUAGUGUGUAAAGAGGUCACACGCGCACUCUCCCUAAUGUGUAAAGAGGUCACGCGUACACACGCUCACGCAGAUGCACAUGCAGUCUGCUGAAACAAUUUUACAUUUAACGACAACACAUACACACAUAUGCAGUUGUACUGGUCUCAGUGUUUGUGUAGAGGCCCCACACCGCCAUCCACUGAGGACCGGCUCUGUUAAAUUCCUUCCUCUCUCUGUCCACUCUGAAAGCAAAGCUUGGCUCCCGUGACCCACUUUCACUCCCAAUGUCAUUUUGCUCUCUUAUCCCAGAGCCAGGAGAAUUACAUUGAUCCUGAAGUGACGCUAGAGAAUGGGGAAGACAAAGUGAAAGAGAGAGAGAGAGAGAGAGAGAGAGUGUGUGUGUGUGAGAGAAGACAACGGGAGAGCAAGAGUGAGAAAAGCGAGUGAGCUAAGCAAGAGAGGAAGGGAGAGCGAGAAAAGAUGGAGUAGAGAGAGAGAGAGAGAGAGAGAAGAGAGAGCGAGAGAUAGAGAGAGUUAGAGAGAAGAAGAGAGAGAGAAAAAAAAACCCCCGGUCUUCUUCUUCUUCUCUCUUUUGUCUCUCUUUCUUCUAUCUCGUCUUCUCUCUCCCUUUCUCUUUUCCCCUCUUCGGGCCCCCCCCUUUUUUUUUUUUUCCGUUCUCUUCUUCUUCUUCUUUUCCCCUUUCCCCCCCCUUCUUCCCUUUUCCCCCCUUUCUUCCCCCCCCCCGGGGCCCCCCCUUUUUUUUUUUCCCUUUCCCCCCCCCUUUUUUUCGGGGGGGCCCCCCCCCCCUUUCCCCCCCUUUCCCCCCCCCCCCCUUUUUUCCCCCCCCUUUUUUUUUUUUUUUCCCCCACCCCCCCCUUUUCCCCCCCCCCCUCCCCCCUCGGGUUUUCCCCCCCCGGGGGCCCCCCCCCCCCCCCCCCGGGGGGGGGCCCCCUCUAGGGGGGGGGACGGCGCGUUGUCAAGGGGUUUUGGAAACCGGGGUAUCACACCUUGUGUUGAGGGUAACGCCCCUCCCAACCUGAAACAAAUUAAAACGAUCCCCAGUUGUCUCUCUUUUCAUCCAUGCACAUACGUUCGCUUCACGAAAUGUAUUCACACCCCUUGAUCUUUUUCCACAUUUCCUGUUGUUAGAAAGUUGGGGAUUAAAAUUUGAUUGAAUUUUUUGUCAACGAUAUACACAAAAUACUCUUAAUGUCAAAGUGGAAGAACAAUUCUAACAUUUGUAAAAAAUUAAAAAUACUAUUUUUAAACCCCAUGAGUCAAUACAUGUUAGAAUCACAGCGAUUACAGCUGUGAGUCUUUCUGGGUAAGUCUCUAAGAGCUUUGCACACCUACAUUGGACAAUAUUUGCACAUUCUUUUUAAAAUUCUUCAAGCUGUGUCAAGUUGGUUGUUGAUCAUUGCUAGACAGCCAUUUUCAAGUCUUGCCAUAGAUAUUCGAGCCAAUUUAAGUCAAAACUGUAACUAGGCCACUCAGAAACAUUCAAUGUCGUCUUGGUAAGUAACUCCAGUGUAUAUUUGGCCUUGUGUUUUAGGUUAUUGUCCUGCUGAAAGGUGAAUUGGUCUCCCAGUGUCUGUUAGAAAGCAGACUGAACCAGGUUUUCCUUUAGGACAUUGUCUGUGCUUAGCUCUAUUACGUUUAUUUUUAUCCUAAAAAACUCCCUAGUCCUUAACGAUUACAAGCCUACCCAUAACAUGAUGCAGCCACCACCAUGCUUGAAAAUAUGAAGAGUGGUACUCAGUGAUGUGUUUUGUUGGAUUUGCCCCCAAACAUUGCAUGCACUCACUAAACUGUAAGUCGCUCUGGAUAAGAGGGGUAUAGGUAGCAUAAACAUAACCACAUGUAACAUAUGGAUUUGCAUUAGUAUAUGCAUCAAAAGUAUUGUUACAGAUAUGCAUGCAAGGUUGCUAGCAGACUAGCCUGCUAACGUUAUGUUAGCACAGCGCAUGAGUCAGCCAGUUGCUAUCAACACCUAGCUUACAGCUGCAUUAAAGUAAACCAUCUAACCAGUUAUCAAAUAAUGUUAACUGCAUAUACUGGUAUCUUAGCCAUCUAGCUAAAAUUAGCUGGCUAAGCUAGCUAGCAGGCUAAAAUAACUAAGUAACCUAGCCAACCACCACCGUCAACAUAGCUAAGUAGUAAGCCAGAGAACAACUAGUCUAGCACAGGCAGGAACCCACAGAACACACACAAAAAAAGCCAGCAGUUAUAAAGUAGAGAGAGCGGAGACUUACCGAUUUGACGGCUGGGUCAUUCUCACGGAACAUUUGAGCCAGAGAACAACUAGUCUAGCACAGGCAGGAACCCACAGAACACACACAAAAAAAUCCAGCAGUUAUAAAGUAAAGAGAGCGGAGACUUACCGAUUUGACGGCUGGGUCAUUCUCACGGAACAUUUGACCAAACAAUUCUCAAGUGUUCUUUUUCAUGAAAUUUCCCUUUGGAUCACUGAGAUUAGGAAAUGUACUUAUUUAUUUUAUAAUUAUAAUUAUUUUUUUUUUUUUAUCAGAUAAGAUGCAUUUUACCACAAUUUCCACAACUACCAGCGCAAAAAAAGUAAUUACUGCAACUGUUUAUCCAAGGUCUUUACAGGUAAUAUUGGUUUAUUAAGAUGUGGAUAUUUGUGGUUUUAAGGUAUUUUAGAUGUAUUUCUGGAUUGAAUGGGAUCCUAUGGGCAAACAGUAUAACACAAUAUGCCUAUAAAGUAUUUAAAUACGUGACGUAUGGACCAAAAACUGUCUUGGGAUAUCAAACAACCGUAUAGGUAAGUGUAAAAACAGGUACACAUGUCAAAAUUGAGUAUAUCCUCCUUUGAGUCGUGGGGUUGCUCUUUGCUAAAACAUAAACUGCCGAUUGUGGCUUAAAGUAAGUUAAAUGGGAUUUAUACACCCCAUAUUUCUUGACAAACCCUAAUUAAUCAAUUAACUGUUGUUUUACAAAAAAUCUAUACAAUAGGUUUAAGAAGUGGUCCUAAUAAAUAAAGUUACCAGAACAGCACACCCAUUGACUAUAUACAUUAGAAUGAGCUUAUUAUCACUACCGAAAUAAGGUUCUCAUUACUGAAACUGACCUACAAAUGACGUGGUAAUGAGAAAUGUGUGUUUCGUAAUGGGAGGCCUUUAGCUCAAUCUGCAAAUAAUAGGAGACAGCCAUUAUGAGUCAGCAAACAAUUGACCACAUCACUAAAGCCCAUUCAUGCUUCCAUGUUGGUUAGGUAAUGGUUCUCUUACUUUUCCCCAAUUUGAGCUUUUUAGUCGUUUCGUUAACGAGAAGGCCAAGUUGGGUAAAGGGGGUGUUUUGAUAAUAAGAACCUGAUUCUGAAGGCAGAUAAGUGAAUAAAUUAACUUAACUAAAACUUUAUUUAAAAACUGAUUGGAAAAACUACGGUAAUGAGACCACACACACACAGUUUUUACGUAAUAAAUAUUUUUACGUAAUAAAUAUUCUAGUUUAAUGUUAACUUCAACUAGUAUAUAAUUUUAAUGAUUUAUGGACAAAUUACAGCAACAUAUUUUGUUUUAUUCAAAUAAGUUAGGUUUUUCUAAAGUAAAAUUGUCUAAAAUUACCAGAGUUGAAAUCCGGACACAUUUCAGUAAUGAGAAUUUGGGGUGGAAAUGUAAAAAAUGUGGGCAAAAUGUUGACAUCUAUUUAAAAUAACAUUUUUUAACACUAAAAUAAAACAUCUUAGUCUUCAGAAUGCAGGUGCAUCAUGGUUUUGUAACAUGUUUAAAAAUGGUUUCAUGAGAAUCACCCAGGUGAGUUGGCUAACAGAGAAGAACCAAGGAGAGAGGUGCUUCAGAGGGAAGCCGAGGGAGAGUCUGCUAAUCCAAUAGCGAUAUAGUGAGGUAAAUCCAAAGUAGAUAGAUUCCAGAGGCAAUAAUCCAGAGGCGGUAUUGGUCACAGGAGACGAGGAGAAGAGUCAACAAUAAGACGGCGAUCGUAGGAAGGCUCCAGGCAGAUUGAAAUUAUCACAACAUUACAGUCAGUCAGCUACUGUAGCUCGCUAGUACUAAGCCAAGGUUGAAAAACUCUGCUAGCCUACUUUGGAGAUCAUACGGCCCCCACAUGUGGGGAAUCUGAUUGGUUGUUUACUUCACACCUCCUCGUGUUUGGUGGAUUGUAGCUCACCACGGACAACACUCGGUCUGCAUGGCUAGUGGCUAUCGUUAGCCAGCUCGAGCUAGCUAACGCAGAGUAGAUAAUCCAUAUGACGUUGAGAAAUAGUGCAUUGUGGGUAGUUUAGAAGAUAUCCCCAGACAGAAGUUAAUAAAUAUGUAAAUAAACCAAAGCAUACAAUGGGGGAAAAAAAGUAUUUAGUCAGCCACCAAUUGUGCAAGUUCUCCCACUUAAAAAGAUGAGAGAGGCCUGUAAUUUUCAUCAUAGGUACACGUCAACUAUGACAGACAAAAUGAGAAAACAAAUUCCAGAAAAUCACAUUGUAGGAUUUUUAAUGAAUUUAUUUGCAAAUUAUGGUGGAAAAUAAGUAUUUGGUCAAUAAUAAAAGUUUCUCAAUACUUUGUUAUAUACCCUUUGUUGGCAAUGACACAGGUCAAACGUUUUCUGUAAGUCUUCACAAGGUUUUCACACACUGUUGCUGGUAUUUUGGCCCAUUCCACCAUGCAGAUCUCCUCUAGAGCAGUGAUGUUUUGGGGCUGUCGCUGGGCAACACGGACUUUCAACUCCCUCCAAAGAUUUUCUAUGGGGUUGAGAUCUGCAGACUGGCUAGGCCACUCCAGGACCUUGAAAUGCUUCUUACGAAGCCACUCCUUCGUUGCCCGGGCGGUGUGUUUGGGAUCAUUGUCAUGCUGAAAGACCCAGCCACGUUUAAUCUUCAAUGCCCUUGCUGAUGGAAGGAGGUUUUCACUCAAAAUCUCACGAUACAUGGCCCCAUUCAUUCUUUCCUUUACACGGAUCAGUCGUCCUGGUCCCUUUGCAGAAAAACAGCCCCAAAGCAUGAUGUUUCCACCCCCAUGCUUCACAGUAGGUAUGGUGUUAUUUGGAUGCAACUCAGCAUUCUUUGUCCUCCAAACACGACGAGUUGAGUUUCUACCAAAAAGUUCGAUUUUGGUUUCAUCUGACCAUAUGACAUUCUCUCAAUCCUCUUCUGGAUCAUCCAAAUACACUAUAGCAAACUUCAGACGGGCCUGGACAUGUACUGGCUUAAGCAGGGGGACACGUCUGGCACUGCAGGAUUUGAGUCCCUGGCGGCGUAGUGUGUUAUUGAUGGUAGGCUUUGUUACUUUGGUCCCAGCUCUCUGCAGGUCAUUCACUAGGUCCCCCCGUGUGGUUCUGGGAUUUUUGCUCACCUUUCUUGUGAUCAUUUUGACCCCACGGGGUGAGAUCUUGCGUGGAGCCCCAGAUCGAGGGAGAUUAUCAGUGGUCUUGUAUGUCUUCCAUUUCCUAAUAAUUGCGCCCACAGUUGAUUUCUUCAAACCAAGCUGCCUACCUAUUGCAGAUUCAGUCUUCCCAGCCUGGUGCAGGUCUACAAUUUUGUUUCUUGUGUCCUUUGACAGCUCUUUGGUCUUGGCCAUAGUGGAGUUUGGAGUGUGACUGUUUUGAGGUUGUGGACAGGUGUCUUUUAUACUGAUAACAAGUUCAAACAGGUGCCAUUAAUACAGGUAACGAGUGGAGGACAGAGGAGCCUCUUAAAGAAGAAGUUACAGGUCUGUGAGAGCCAGAAAUCUUGCUUGUUUGUAGGUGACCAAAUACUUAUUUUCCACCAUAAUUUGCAAAUAAAUUCAUUAAAAAUCCUACAAUGUGAUUUUCUGGAUUUAUUUUUCUCAAUUUGUCUGUCAUAGUUGACGUGUACCUAUGAUGAAAAUGACAGGCCUCUCUCAUCUUUUUAAGUGGGAGAACUUGCACAAUUGGUGGCUGACUAAAUACUUGUUUUCCCCACUGUAAGUAUGUUUGUAGUUAUAGGUAACCAUAUCGUGACUACAACUAAGUUACUAAGUCUUUGACCACACUGUGUUGUUACUUAUGUGAGUAAAAACAAAUGCUUCCUACCCUUUAACAACCUCGAAAUAGAAUGCCAAUUUGGUUUCAAGAUCCUCACGUUAAUUGCAUUUUUACACCACAGGUGGUGUUACAUGUGUUUUAUUAAUAAGACAGCUCUGCUUGCAAUCACACUAAUUUUAUCUCUCCAUUUCACACACACACACCGGCUCUCGUCGGUGCUAGGGUUCCAUUGUGCCAGUGGCACGCCGAUCAGGGUCGCCAUGGCGACGCUCAUCAAUAUAUCAACUGUGGAUGUGAUCCGAUGUUACCUGAUAUAUUAAUCUCACAGCGCUAUAAAUACACAGAUGUAGGGGGCCUCAAUGUGGGGACUUAGAUGCCAAUAUCCUGUGGAAAAUGACACACGCGCUAGAGGAGUGGGCCUCGGGAGGACAGUGAUGCUAAGAAUACAUCACACAACUCCCAAUGUCCUUAAUCUGGUGCUGCUCAUAGUGGUCCUAUGGCUCUAUGGUUAAUUCUGCUGUUUUUACAUGGUACAGUGGUGGAAAAAAGUAUUUAGUCAGCCACCAAUUGUGCAUGUUCUCCCACUUAAAAAGAUGAGAGAGGCCUGUAAUUUUCAUCAUAGGUACACGUCAACUAUGACAGACAAAAUGAGAAAACAAAUUCCAGAAAAUCACAUUGUAGGAUUUUUUAUGAAUUUAUUUGCAAAUUAUGGUGGAAAAUAAGUAUUUGGUCAAUAACAAAAGUUUCUCAAUACUUUGUUAUAUACCCUUUGUUGGCAAUGACACAGGUCAAACGUUUUCUGUAAGUCUUCACAAGGUUUUCACACACUGUUGCUGGUAUUUUGGCCCAUUCCUCCAUGCAGAUCUCCUCUAGAGCAGUGAUGUUUUGGGGCUGUCGCUGGGAAACACGGACUUUCAACUCCCUCCAAAGAUUUUCUAUGGGGUUGAGAUCUGGAGACUGGCUAGGCCACUACAGGACCUUGAAAUGCUUCUUACGAAGCCACUCCUUCGUUGCCCGGGCGGCGUGUUUGGGAUCAUUGUCAUGCUGAAAGACCCAGCCACGUUUCAUCUUCAAUGCCCUUGCUGAUGGAGGGAGGUUUUCACUCAAAAUCUCACGAUACAUGGCCCCAUUCAUUCUUUCCUUUACACAGAUCAGUCGUCCUGGUCCCUUUACAGAAAAACAGCCCCAAAGCAUGAUGUUUCCACCCCCAUGCUUCACAGUAGGUAUGGUGUUCUUUGGAUGCAACUCAGCAUUCUUUGUCCUCCAAACACGACGAGUUGAGUUUUUCCCAAAAAGUUCGAUUUUGGUUUCAUCUGACCAUAUGACAUUCUCCCAAUCCUCUUCUGGAUCAUCCAAAUGCACUCUAGCAAACUUCAGACGGGCCUGGACAUGUACUGGCUUAAGCAGGGGGACACGUCUGGCACUGCAGGAUUUGAGUCCCUGGCGGCGUAGUGUGUUACUGAUGGUAGGCUUUGUUAAUAAUAUGCCAUUUAGCAGACGCUUUUAUCCAAAGCGACUUACAGUCAUGUGUGCAUACAUUUUUGUGUAUGGGUGGUCCCGGGGAUCGAACCCACUACCUUGGCGUUACAAGCGCCGUGCUCUACCAGCUGAGCUACAGAGGACCACUGUUACUUUGGUCCCAGCUCUCUGCAGGUCAUUCACUAGGUCCCCCCGUGUGGUUCUGGGAUUUUUGCUCACCGUUCUUGUGAUCAUUUUGACCCCACGGGGUGAGAUCUUGCAUGGAGCCCAAGAUCGAGGGAGAUUAUCAGUAUGUCUUCCAUUUCCUAAUAAUUGCUCCUACAGUUGAUUGCUUCAAACCAAGCUGCUUACCUAUUGCAGAUUCAGUCUUCCCAGCCUGGUGCAGGUCUACAAUUUUGUUUAUGGUGUCCUUUGACAGCUCUCUGGUCUUGGCCAUAGUGGAGUUUGGAGUGUGACUGUUUGAGGUUGUGGACAGGUGUCUUUCAUACUGAUAACAAGUUCAAACAGGUGCCAUUAAUACAGGUAACGAGUGGAGGACAGAGGAGCCUCUUAAAGAAGAAGUUACAGGUCUGUGAGAGCCAGAAAUCUUGCUUGUUUGUAGGUGACCAAAUACUUAUUUUCCACCAUAAUUUGCAAAUAAAUUCAUUAAAAAUCCUACAAUGUGAUUUUCUGGAGAAAAAAAAUCUCAAUUUGUCUGUCAUAGUUGACAUGUCCCUAUGAUGAAAAUGACAGGCCUCUCUCAUCCUUUUAAGUGGGAGAACUUGCACAAUUGGUGGCUGACUAAAUACUUUUUUUCCCCACUGUAUGUGUUGUGUGUGAUUGAAGUAGGCAAAGCCUUUUAUAGUUCCACUGAGAGCGACCUCCUUUUAGUAUUGUUUACAGAACUGCAGAAUGUUCAAGUUUGACCUAGAAGUUUUUCUAAACUGUAUUUUCUUCAAACGCUUCCAAAAAGGCUAUAUUUGGAGAGAGCAGCAGAAGUACAAAGCCGGUUUUAUAUUUAGCCUAGUUUUUUCACAUACUGAAUGAGGAGCCUAACGUUCACCCUCAACUCUUACUUCCUGUGUUACAGAGGAACGACAUUGCCAUGGCGAUAACGAAGUUCGACCAGUUUGACUUCCUCAUCGACAUCGUGCCCCGGGACGAGCUCAAGCCCCCCAAACGACAGGUAGUGUGUGUGUGUGUGUAUGGGUCUAUCUGCAUUUAAUUUCAGGACCCAGGCAGGAUGGAGUACCACUCCUGGCAGCCUGGAGGCGCUGUAAACAUCCUUGACUGGAAGCUGGUGUUUGGGCAACAAGGGCUUUCAGUCGGAUGUUUGCAGCGUCUGGCUGCCCCUUACUUCCUACAACCCCCAACAGUGCCACCAUAGCCUCUAAUCUCCAACAGAACCACCACCAGUACACCACCAUAGCCUCUAAUCUCCAACAGAACCACCACCAUAGCUUCUAAUCUCCAACAGAACCACCACCAGUACACCACCAUAGCCUCUAAUCUCCAACAGAACCACCACCAGUACACCACCAUAGCCUCUAAUCUCCAACAGAACCACCACCAGUACACCACCAUAGCCUCUAAUCUCCAACAGAACCACCACCAGUACACCACCAUAGCCUCUAAUCUCCAACAGAACCACCACCAGUACACCACCAUAGCCUCUAAUCUCCAACAGAGCCACCAAUACCCCAUAGCUUGUAAUCACUAUCAACAUAAUCACCACCGUGUUAACUGAUGCCCCCUCUACCACAUUACAGUCCUGACUCAGAUUGAUGGUGUUUUAGGCUGGGCAGUGGCUCCUAAGCAUUUAAAGUUGUGACCAACCUAAAUAGACCGAUUCACCAAGUCUGUGGCCAGGGGUGUAAACAUCCUACACUCUCAGCUGUGACAUCAUCGAGCUGGGAGAGGGGUGUUUACGCUUCUGGUGACGGGGAAACUGCUAGCUCCUACACUGUUACCCUGUACUUCUGACGACGAUGAGGCCUUGAGUGUACUUCUCAGAGCACAAAGACAUGUGGAAGCUUGUAGUGAUGUGGCAUUGCUCUAACUGGCAGGGACUUAGACCAUAUUAUACUAUACACAAAGAGCCUUCAUGCUUGUUAAUGGCUGACGUAAUGUCCAAUGUGUCACUGAAUGAGCUUUCCAUUCACAGUUUAUGAUUAAAACAUUCUCAAUAGUGUGCCAAGGUCUUGUUUUCAUGAAUGGAAAUGAUCCCUUUCUGUCUGUUGAAGUGUUCUUGUGUUCUGAAAAGUGUUGUUGGGUUGUGAAAAUCCAUUGUCUUGACGAAGACCCAUAAGGCCUUGAGCCUGAGUGUUGUCCACUGGGCUCAUCAAGGUCCUCCAGUGCUAAUGGAUCCUCCAGUUGCGUUCCAAAUGGCACCCUAUUCCCCAUAGUGCACUACUUUUGACCAAGGCCUAUAGGGCUGACCCAUGGGGCCCUGAUCAAAAGUAGUGCACUACAUAGGGAAUAGGGUGCCAUUUGGGACGUAUCCUCUAUUCAGAAUCACAUUACUCAUCCAUCCAGGCCCUAUCAGUUAUUUAUCUGGGCCUCUUACCUAUUGUAUUACACUGGCAAAAUAAUUAAUGGAUUUGUAAUGGACUGAUAGUUCUCUCUCUUCUCUCUCCUCUCUCUCUCUGUGUGUGUGUGUGUGUGUGUGUGUGUGUGUGUGUGUGUGUGUGUGUGUGUGUACAGGAGGAGGUGCGUCAGUCGGUGGCCCCAGCAGAGCCGGUCCAGUACUACUUCACCCUGGCUCAGCAGCCAGGCCAGGGCCAACAGCAGGCCACAGCACAACAGGCUACCACCAUCCAGCCUGGACAGAUCAUCAUCGCACAGCCACAGCAAGGACAGGUACACUUAAGAAUAGACCUGCACCACAAACACAUAUAUACACACACACCACAUAGACACACACACACGUGCACUGACACAGACAGAGAGACCACGUGUGCAGACACACACAUAUAUACACACACCACAUAGACACACACAUGUGCACUGACACAGAGAGAAAGACCACGUGUGCAGACACACACAUAUAUACACACACGCACCACACUGAACACACUACGCCACAAACAACCAGUAAGCUACCAACAUUCAGCCAGGCAAAGGUAUAGUGUAACACACACACACACACACACACACACACCAUGACACAGCCUGGCAGAUCACCAGCUCUCCUAACACUCUCCCAGUCAACAUCCCUCUCCAACCCUGUCCACUAUAAAACAGUGUUAAUGGGGUAAUAACAGUGGGUUUUAUUGACUUUAUCCUUGGCAAGCACAGCCGAUCCACACUCUGGCCUCAACACUUUCCCACCAGCAGGGAUGAAUGAACCUACACACCCAGCUAUAAAAGCAAUGAUACAGGGCCAUUUGAUCUGCCCACUUCAGUCACUCCUCUCUCCACUGGAGGUCCAGAACAACACAGUACAGUAACACUAGGGCUGCGUCUCUAAUGGCACCCUAUACCCUAUUCAGUGCACUACUUUUGACCAGGGCCAAAAGUCCAAAUCCAAUUUUAUUUGCCACAUGCGCCAAAUACAACAGGUGUAGACCUUACAGUGAAAUGCUUACUUACAAGCCCUUAACCAACAAUGCAGUUUUAAGAAAAAAAGUUAAGUAAAAAUAUAAAUAAAAAAUAAUUAAAGAGCAGCAGUAAAAUCAAAUAACAGUAGGGAUGCUAUAUACAGGGGGUACCAGUACAGAGUCAAUGUGCGGGGGCACCGGUUAGUCGAGGUAAUAUGUAAAUGUUGGUAGAGUUAUUAUUAUUAUUAGUUAAAGUGACUAUGCAUGGAUAAUAAACAGAGUAGCAGCAGUGUAAAAUAGGGUGUGGGGUGGGGUGGGGGGGACAGUGCAAAUAGUCCGGGUAGCCAUAAUUAGCUGUUCAGGAGUCUUAUGGCUUGGGGGUAGAAGCUGCUAAGAAGCCUUUUGGACCUAGACUUGGCACUCCGGUGCGGUAGCAGAGAGAACAGUCUAUGACUAGGGUGGCUGGAAUCUUUGACAAUUUUUAGGGCCUUCCUCUGACACCGCCUGGUAUAGAGGUGCUGGAUAGCAGGAAGCUUGGCCCCAGUGAUGUACUGGGCCGUACGCACUACCCUCUGUAGUGCCUUGCAGUCGGAGGCCGAGCAGUUGCCAUACCAGGCAGUGAUGCAACCAGUCAGGAUGCUCUCGAUGGUGCAGCUGUAGAACUUUUUGAGGAUUUGAGGACCCAUGCCAAAUCUUUUCAGUCUCCUGAGGGGGAAUAGGCUUUGUCGUGCCCUCUUCACGACUGUCUUGGUGUGUUUGGACCAUGAUAGUUUGUUGGUGAUGUGGACACCAAGGAACUUGAAGCUCUCAACCUGUUCCACAACAGCCCCGUCGAUGAGAAUGGGGGCGUGCUCAGUCCUCUUUUUUUUUCCUGUAGUCCACAAUCAUCUCCUUUGUCUUGAUCACGUUGAGGGAGAGGUUGUUAUCCUGGCACCACACGGCCAGGUCUCUGACCUCCUCCCUAUAGGCUGUCUCAUCGUUGUCGGUGAUCAGGCCUACCACUGUUGUGUCGUCAGCAAACUUAAUGAUGGUGUUGGAGUCGUGCCUGGCCACGCAGCCAUGGGUGAACAGGGAGUACAGGAGGGGACUGAGCACGCACCCCUGAGGGGCCCCUGUGUUGAGGAUCAGCAUGGCAGAUGUGUUGUUACCUUCCCUUACCACCUGGGGGCGGCUCGUCAUGAAGUCCAGGAUCCAGUUGCAGAGGGAGGUGUUUUGUUCCAGGGUCCUUAGCUUAGUGAUGAGCUUUGAGGGUACUAUGGUGUUGAACGCUGAACUGUAGUCAAUGAAUAGCAUUCUCAUGUAGGUGUUCCUCUUGUCCAGGUGGGAAAGGGCAGUGUGGAGUGCAAUAGAGAUUGCAUCAUCUGUGGAUCUGUUGGGGUGGUAUGCAAAUUGGAGUGGGUCUAGGGUUUCUGGGAUAAUGGUGUUGAUGUGAGCCAUGACCAGCCUUUCAAAGCACUUCAUGGCUGCAGACGUGAGUGCUACAGGUUGGGAGUCAUUUAGGCAGGUUACCUUAGUGUUCUUGGGCACAGGGACUAUGGUGGUCUUCUUGAAACAUGUUGGUAUUACAGACUCAGUCAGGGAAUGUUGACCUGCUUAAAAGUCUUACUCACAUCGGCUACGGAGAGCGUGAUCACAUAGUCAUCCUAAAAAAGCUGAUGCUCUCAUGCAUGGAAGUGAUUUAGCUCGUCUGGUAGGUUUGUGUCAUUGGCAGCUCGCGGCUGUGCUUCCCUUUUGUAGUCUGUAAUAGUUUGCAAGCCCUGCCACAUCCGACGAGCGUCGAAGCCGGUGUAGUACGAUUCAAUCUUAGUCCUGUAAUGACUCUUUGCCUGUUUGAUGGUUCGUCGGAGGGCAUAGCGGGAUUUCUUAUAAGCGUCUGGGUUAGAGUCCCGCUCCUUGAAGGCAGCAGCUCUACCCUUUAGCUCAGUGCGGAUGUUGCCUGUAAUCCAUGGCUUCUGGUUGGGGUAUGUACAGUUGAAGUCGGAAGUUUACAUACACUUAGGUUGGAGUCAUUAAAACUAUUUUUUCAACCACUCCACAAAUUUCUUGUUAACAAACUAUAUUUUUGGCAAGUCGGUUAGGACAUCUACUUAGUGCAUGACACAAAUAAUUUUUCCAACAAUUGUUUACAGACAGAUUAUGUCACGAUCAGAAACUUCUGAUAGGCUAAUUGACAUAAUUUGAGUCAAUUGGAGGUCUACCUGUUGAUGUAUUUCAAGGCCUACCUUCAAACUCAGUGCCUCUUUGCUUGACAUCAUAGGAAAAUCAAAAGAAAUCAGCCAAGACCUCAGAAAAUAAUGUGUAGACCUCCACAAGUCUGGUUCAUCCUUGGGAGCAAUUUCCAAACGCCUGAAGGUACCACGUUCAUCUGUACAAAAAAUUGUAUGCAAGUAUAAACACCAUGGGUCCACACAGCUAUCAUACAGCUCAGGAAGGAGACGCGUUCUGUCUCCUAGAGAUGAACGUACUUUGGUGAGAAAAGUCCAAAUCAAUCCCAGAACAACAGCAAAGGACCUUGUGAAGAUGCUGGAGGAAACAGGUACAAAAGUAUCUAUAUCCACAGUAAAAACGAGUCCUAUAUCGACAUAACCUGAAAGGCCGCUCAGCAAGGAAGAAGCAACUGCUCCAAAACCGCCAUAAAAAAGCCAGACUAUGGUUUGCAACUGCACAUGGGGACAAAGAUCGUACUUUUUGGAGAAUUGUCCUUAGGUCUGAUGAAACAAAAAUAUAACUGUUUGGCCAUAAUGACCAUCGUUAUGUUUGGAGGAAAAAGGGGUCCACUUGCAAGCCGAAGAACACCAUCCCAACCGUGAAGCAUGGGGUGGCAGCAUCAUGCUGUGGGGGUGCUUUGCUGCAGGAGGGACUGGUGCACUUCACAAAAUAGAUGGCAUCACGAGGAAGGAAAAUUAUGUGGAUAUAUUGAAGCAACAUCUCAAGACAUCAGUCAGGAAGUUAAAGCUUGGUUGCAAAUGGGUCUUCCAAAUGGACAAUGACCCCAAGCAUACUUCCAAAGUUGUAGCAAAAUCGCUUCAGGACAACAAAGUCAAGAUUUUGGAGUGGCCAUCACAAAGCCCUGACCUCAAUCCUAUAGAAAAUAUGUGGGCAGAACUGAAAAAGCGUGUGCGAGCAAGGAGGCCUACAAACUUCACUCUGUUACACCAGCUCUGUCAGCAGGAAUGGGCCAAAAUUCACCCAAGUUAUUGUGGGAAGCUUGUGGAAGGCUACCUGAAACGUUUGACCCAAGUUAAACAAUUUAAAGGCAAUGCUACCAAAUACUAAUUGAGUGUAUGUAAACUUCUGACCCACUGGGAAUGUGAUGAAAGAAAGAAAAGCUGAAAUAAAUCAUUCUCUCUACUAUUAUUGUGACAUUUCACAUUCUUAAAAUAAAGUGGUGAUCCUAACUGACCUAACACAGCAAAUUUUUACUAGGAUUAAAUGUGAAAAACUGAGUUUAAAUGUAUUUGGCUAAGGUGUAUGUAAACUUCUGACUUCAACUGUACGUACGGUCACUGUGGGGACGACGUCAUCGAUGCCCUUAUUGAUGAAGCCAGUGACUGAUGUGGUGUACUCCUCAAAGCCAUCGGAAGAAUCCCGUAACAUAUUCCAUCUGUGCUAGCAAAACAAUCCUGUAGCUUAGCAUCUGCGUCAUCUGACCACUUCCUUAUUAACCGAGUCACUGGUUCUUCCUGCUUUAGUUUUUGCUUAUAAGCAGGAAUCAGGAGGAUAGAGUUAUGGUCAGAUUUGCCAAAAUGGAGGGCGAGGGAGAGCUUUGUACACGUCUCUGUGUGUGGAGUAAAGGUAGUCUGGAGUUUUUUUUCCUCUUGUUGCACAUUUAACAUGCUGGUAGAAAUUAGGUAGAACGGAUUUAAGUUUCCCUGCAUUAAAGUCCCCGGCCACUAGGAGCGCCGCCUCUGGAUGAGUGUUUAUCUGUUUGCACUCAAUGAGCUGUAUAAGGCCAUCAGCAAACUUAGUUCCAGCAUCGGUUUGUGGUGGUAAAUAGACAGCUAUGAAAAAUAUAGAAGAAAACUCUCUUGGUAAAUAGUGUGGUCUACAGCUUAUCAUGAGAUACUCUACCUCAGGCGAGCAAAACCAUGAGACUUCCUUAGUAUUAGAUUUUAUGCACCAGCUGUUGUUUACAAAUAUACACAGACCGCCACCCCUUGUCUUACCGGAGUCAGCCGUUAUAUCCCGCCGAUGUAGCGUAUAUCCCACCAGCUGUAUGUUAUCCAUGUCGUUGUUCAGCCGUAAAACAUAAGAUAUUACAGUUUUUAAUGUCCCGUUGGUAGGAUAUCCUUGAUCUUAGGUCGUCCAUUUUGUUUUCAAAUGAUUGUACGUUGGCUAAUAGGAUUGAUGGAAGAGGCAGAUUACUCGCUCGCCGUCGGAUCCUUACAAGGCACCCCGACCUACGUCCACGAUAUCUCCAUCUCUUUCUCAUGGGAAUGACUGGGAUUCGGGUCUUGUCGGGUGUCUGUAGAAUAUCCUUCAUCGCUGUCCUGAUAUCUAGAAGCUCUUCUUGGUCAUAAGAGACGGUGGCAGAAACAUUAUGUACAGAAUAAAUUACAAAUAACGUGAAAAAACACACAUAAUAGCACAAUUGGUUAGAGGGCCAUAAAACGGCAGCCAUCUCCUCCGGCACCAUCUAAUAGGGUGCCAUUUGGGAUGCAGCCUACACUCCCUGUGAGACUGCUCUCUGCCACUCCACUGUUCUUCCCUCUGAAGAGGAGGAACAUAUGAAUAAGCAUAUGGGUGGGUUGCCCCCUCAUCCCUAGUCUUUCUUUCUUUCUCUGAUUGUGGUUCCCCAGGCACCCAUCUGUCUCGCUCUCUUUUGUUUUCUCUCUUGUUCCAUUAUUUUCCCUCCUGUACUAUCUUUCUAGUGUGUUCUCUCUCCUGGCUGAUCAGUGCUGCUUCAGCAGGCUGCCUUAGUUUGGCUGCGCUGUCACAGUUCCACAGCCAGAGUCAGGCUAGAGCUGCUGCUGCUGCUGCCGCAGUCCCCCCACAGUCACCGAGCAGAGCAGGGGAGGUCACUACAUGCCGCAGUCCCCCCACAGUCACCGAGCAGAGCAGGGGAGGUCACUACAUGCCGCAGUCCCCCCACAGUCACCGAGCAGAGCAGGGGAGGUCACUACAUGCCGCAGUCCCCCCACAGUCACCGAGCAGAGCAGGGGAGGUCACUACAUGCCGCAGUCCCCCCACAGUCACCGAGCAGAGCAGGGGAGGUCACUACAUGCCGCAGUCCCCCCACAGUCACCGAGCAGAGCAGGGGAGGUCACUACAUGCCGCAGUCCCCCCACAGUCACCGAGCAGAGCAGGGGAGGUCACUACAUGAUUGGCACCUUAGAAUAGAUGACUAGUGUAGACUACUGGGUUACAGUUAAGAGGCCAGGGAGGAAGAGGGAUGGAAGAGGGGAAAGGAUCUUAAAAACAGAUGGAUAAAGUGUGAUUUUUGAAAGCGAAAGAUAUCUGGAGAUUGAGAGUGAGGGAGGAGGGUGAAGAGGUCCUAAUUCAUUGCUCAAUUCCUGUGUGUGUGUUUGCGUCUUCGGCAGACUUGCCUGCAAAGAGCUUUCAGUGUCACUAGUUGUCACUGUUGUACCAGUUCUGUCAAAUUCCCUCUCUGGUCACAAAGUCCCUAAUGGACUGAUCCGUUACGAAACCAAACCUCAAUUUCUAUUGCACAUCUGCAUUGUAUUAAUGGAACUGCCAUGUCCUACUGUAGGAUACAUCUUUAUGUUCAUUAACUUCACCUGGAUUUCACAGCUGUUAUUUCUCCAUUCAUUCUGCAUCCCUUCUGCUCUAUGCGUUUCUUCCACGCAUAAUUAAGUUGUGCUCACAUGCUCAUUGUUUGUUGCGUGUGAUCUGAUGACAGGUGUCUGACUGAAUGUGUGAUCUGAUGACAGGUGUCUGCCUGUGUGUUUGAUCUGAUGACAGGUGUCUGCCUGUGUGUUUGAUCUGAUGACAGGUGUCUGACUGUAUGUGUGAUCUGAUGACAGGUGUCUGACUGUGUGUGUGAUCUGAUGACAGGUGUCUGACUGUGUGUUUGAUCUGAUGACAGGUGUCUGACUGUAUGUGUGAUCUGAUGACAGGUGUCUGACUGUGUGUGUGAUCUGAUGACAGGUGUCUGACUGAAUGUGUGAUCUGAUGACAGGUGUCUGCCUGUGUGUUUGAUCUGAUGACAGGUGUCUGCCUGUGUGUUUGAUCUGAUGACAGGUGUCUGCCUGUGUGUUUGAUCUGAUGACAGGUGUCUGACUGAAUGUGUGAUCUGAUGACAGGUGUCUGCCUGUGUGUUUGAUCUGAUGACAGGUGUCUGCCUGUGUGUUUGAUCUGAUGACAGGUGUCUGCCUGUGUGUUUGAUCUGAUGACAGGUGUCUGACUGUAUGUGUGAUCUGAUGACAGGUGUCUGCCUGUAUGUGUGUGCUACUUCCUGUGUGCUCUGCAUGUGCUUGUAGUCAUGUUUGUAAAGCUCCCUCUUUCUCUUCCUCUUUCUCUCUCCUCUCUCCUCCCUCCCCACUUCAGGUGCUGCAGGGGACCACAAUGCAACAGUUACAGCAGGUGCAGGUAGCCCAGUCACAGGGCACACCUAUCACGGUAAAAACCCCUCCUCAGCCCCCCCUGUCAACAUCUGAAUCACCCCUCCCAUCCCAGCACCCCUCGGUGUAGGGUGAAGUUACCCCUAGAUGCUGAUCUUGGAUCAGUUUUGCAUUUAUCCCACUUAAUGGUUAAGGUUAAGAUUGGGGGAGGGGAUGCUGAUCCUAGAUCUGUACCUAGGGGAAAUGUCAUCCUGGAGCGCACCCCUCCACAUUUAAUCAGGAAGGUUAGAUCACCCCUGAGGGCCUUCCUACCUCUCCAGUCCUUCUCAUCUCCAGGCCUGCAGCUUAGCUUGUGACUCAGCAGCAGCAGUCUCAUUAGAGACAUUAGUCAGAUCAGCUGGCUCAUUAGGGACGUUGGCCAGAUCAGAUCAGCUGGCUCAUUAGGGACGUUAGUCAGAUCAGAUCAGCUGGCUCAUUAGGGACUUUGGCCAGAUCAGAUCAGCUGGCUCAUUAGGGACGUUGGCCAGAUCAGAUCAGCUGGCUCAUUAGGGACGUUGGCCAGAUCAGAUCAGCUGGCUCAUUAGGGACGUUGGCCAGAUCAGAUCAGCUGGCUCAUUAGGGACGUUGGCCAGAUCAGGUCAGCUGGUUCAUUAGGGACGUUGGUCAGAUCAGGUCAGCUGGUUCAUUAGGGACGUUGGCCAGAUCAGGUCAGCUGGUUCAUUAGGGACGUUGGCCAGAUCAGAUCAGCUGGUUCAUUAGGGACGUUGGCCAGAUCAGAUCAGCUGGUUCAUUAGGGACAUUGGCCAGAUCAGAUCAGCUGGCUCAUUAGGGACGUUGGCCAGAUCAGGUCAGCUGGUUCAUUUGGGACGUUGGCCAGAUCAGGUCAGCUGGUUCAUUAGGGACGUUGGUCAGAUCAGGUCAGCUGGUUCAUUUGGGACGUUGGCCAGAUCAGGUCAGCUGGUUCAUUAGGGACGUUGGCCAGAUCAGGUCAGCUGGUUCAUUAGGGACGUUGGUCAGAUCAGGUCAGCUGGUUCAUUUGGGACGUUGGCCAGAUCAGGUCAGCUGGUUCAUUUGGGACGUUGGUCAGAUCAGGUCAGCUGGUUCAUUAGGGACGUUGGCCAGAUCAGGUCAGCUGGUUCAUUAGGGACGUUGGCCAGAUCAGGUCAGCUGGUUCAUUAGGGACGUUAGUCAGAUUCGAUCAGCUAGCUCAUUAGGGACGUUGGCCAUCAGAUCAGCUGGUUCAUUAGGGACGUUGAUCAGAUCAGCUGGUUCAUUAGGGACGUUGGCCAGAUCAGGUCAGCUGGUUCAUUAGGGACGUUGGCCAGAUCAGGUCAGCUGGUUCAUUAGGGACGUUGGUCAGAUCAGGUCAGCUGGUUCAUUAGGGACGUUGGCCAGAUCAGGUCAGCUGGUUCAUUAGGGACGUUGGCCAGAUCAGGUCAGCUGGUUCAUUAGGGACGUUGGCCAGAUCAGGUCAGCUGGUUCAUUAGGGACGUUGGCCAGAUCAGAUCAGCUGGUUCAUUAGGGACGUUGGCCAGAUCAGGUCAGCUGGUUCAUUAGGGACGUUGGCCAGAUCAGGUCAGCUGGUUCAUUAGGGACGUUGGCCAGAUCAGGUCAGCUGGUUCAUUAGGGACGUUGGUCAGAUCAGGUGGUUCAUUAGGGACGUUGGCCAGAUCAGGUCAGCUGGUUCAUUAGGGACGUUGGCCAGAUCAGGUCAGCUGGUUCAUUAGGGACGUUGGCCAGAUCAGGUCAGCUGGUUCAUUAGGGACGUUGGUCAGAUCAGGUCAGCUGGUUCAUUAGGGACGUUGGCCAGAUCAGGUCAGCUGGUUCAUUAGGGACGUUGGUCAGAUCAGGUGGUUCAUUAGGGACGUUGGUCAGAUCAGGUCAGGUAAGCCGUUCCUGGAGAGACUGGGUUGCCUGACACUAUAUCACUUUCACAUCAUCGUCUCUCCGCUUGCAGGAUGAGAGGGUGCUUUAAACCCUGCUGUGUUCUCUCUCUCUCUCGUUCUUGAAGGGGUUUUGGGUUCUCUCUGUGGGACAAUCAUUACAUGUCUCCGUCACCAGACUCUCACCAGUCGUUCAACAAUGAACUGUCCCUCUCCCCCUCCCUUCAGGGUGCUCCGAUGACCAUGCAGGUGGGGGACCAGCAGGUCCAGAUAGUACAGGCGUCGUCGCAGGGCCAGACCCAGACGGUACAGUCAGGACAGACCAUGCAGGUCAUGCAGCAGAUAAUCACCAACACCGCAGAGAUCCAGCAGAUACCAGUAAGAAAGGGAGAGAGGGAGGAAACAUUAUAAUUGUAAAGCUCAAUUUUCUAAUGAUAUUAAUACAAAAUGUUCUUCAGUUAGAAAUUGGAGAUAAAUCUCCUUACACUGUAGAGCUGGAGAACCUUAUACUUUCCUCCAUUUUGACUCUAACUAGCUCAGUGAUCAUGAUAACCUCUGCAUUGUGUAUCGAUGACCUUCCCAGCCUAAAGUGUGUUUGUCUCCCCCGUGUGGUGGCUGUGUGUAGGUGCAGCUGAACACUGGUCAGUUGCAGUACAUCCGGCUGGCACAGCCUGUCUCUGGCACACAGGUGGUUCAGGGACAGAUCCAGACGCUGGGUAACACUCAGCAGGUACAGGUACUGAACAAGAACCUUUUAGAUCUAUAGUAUUGCAUCAGAUGUAUGUAGACACUUCACCUCUGUAAUGUAGUCUCUGGUCUGGUAUCACUAUUAGUAUAAGGUGAAUGCACCAAUUUGUAAGUCGCUCUGGAUAAGAGCGUCUGCUAAAUAACGUAAAUGUAUAUAAAAUAACAUUAAUGUUAAUGUAGUAACAUAUGAUACGAUUAUUAAUCUUUAAAAUGUGUGUUUUCUAUAUUGUUUCGUAAAUCGUUUUCUAUAUUGUCCAUUGCCUUCAGUUGCAUUUGACUAGAGGUGUAGGUUUGAAUAGUGGCUGUGUGAAGCACUGUGACUGACUCCUCUCUCUCUGGUUUGUUCUCAGAUUACACAGACAGAGCAAGGCCAGCAGCAAUUCAACCAGUUUACUGACGGACAGGUAAGAGGAACAUCUCAGUGACCUCCUGUCGCUCGCUCGCUCGCUCGCUCACAUCCUUUUCUCUCUCUCUCUCGCCUAACAGCAGUUGUAUCAGAUUCAGCAGGUGACGAUGCCGGCGGGACAGGACCUGAGCCAGCCCAUGUUCAUCCAGUCCACCAAUCAGACGGCCGAUGGACAGGUCACCACACAGGUCAGCGCAGACUGAGGCUCCGGAAACAUCCGCCUGACCCCCAGACCACCCAACCAUUGACCACACCACCUGCUACCAUCCAUAAGGACAACACUGGCUCAAACCUCCAAGGGACCUCCUAGGAUGCGUCCAAAAUGGCACCCUAUUCCCUGGUGAAAAGUAGAGCACAAUAUAGGGUGCCAUUUGGGAUCUACGCUCAUUCAAUACACUGGUCUAUGACAUGAUACUUAAAAGGGACUCUCUGACAACAUUCAGUACACUGGGUCAG